UCGGACAUUCAAGUUUUCUUAUCUCGUUUCUUCUUCUAUGCCUUCUUCAGGCAGAAAAUAUUCUGAAACAAAUAGAUAAUUUAUAUUAAAUUUCCAUUGUACAAAUCUUGCAUUUAUCUUACAAAUGUGCGCUUGACAGCAUUGAAGUUUAAUAUUUUCUAUCUGUUAUGUUGUUGGCAGAUAAGUAACAAGUUGUGACAAGUGACAGGAUGGAUGUUCUCAACAAACUUCGAAACACAGUCAGCAAUACUAUCAGCAACACCGUCCAAAAUACGGCAUAUGGCUUGUCACAGUUGUCCAGCGUUUUACCUGGCAAUCCUGUCACCAGGGAAUUUGAAGCAACAGCUCAUGUGGCAAGCGCUGGACCAGGAUUAUUAUGGAAGAUUUACAGUGGCUACAAAAAGUCCACCAAGCAGGAAGCCGCGAUUUUCGUCUUUGAGAAACGGAUGCUGGAGAAAUGGCCCGCCAAAGCGGAUCGAGAACUUAUAUUGGAGACCCUGAAACGAGGUGUAACGCAGUUGACGAAACUUAGGCAUCCGCAAGUUUUGACCGUACAACAUCCUCUGGAAGAGUCUAGAGAUAGUCUCGCAUUUGCAACUGAACCAGUGUUUGCUAGUCUGGCUAAUGUAUUAGGUAAUUAUGAGAAUAUACCUCAACCAACACCUGCAAAUUUGAGAGACUACAAGUUGCAUGAUAUAGAAAUACGCUAUGGAUUGUUGCAAUUGGGAGAAGGUCUGGCAUUUUUACAUGGGGAUGUAAAACUGUUGCAUAAGAAUCUGUGUCCAGAAUCAAUUGUUAUUAAUAACCAUGGAGCUUGGAAGAUAUUUGGUUUCGAUUUCUGUGCCUUAAAUCAAAAUCCAGAUAGCAAACAGCCAUCAUGGUUAUAUUCUGAAUAUGAUCCGACACUCCCAGCUGUUGUGCAAUCUCAGUUAAAUUAUCAGGCACCUGAAUGCAUAUUAGCAAGCAGUAAUGGACCUGCAAGCGAUAUUUUUGCCUUAGGCAUGCUGAUAUAUACGAUACAUUCCUCGCAACAUCAGCCGCUUUAUGAAUCUAACAAUGAUCUGGGAAAAUGUCGACGUGUCCUAGAAAAUUUUAAAGGAUCCAGUAUUUCGGGAAAAUUGCUUCCAAUUCCCGAGACUCUGAGAGAUACCGUAAAACUCAUGUUGAGUCACAAUCCAGAAUUGAGAUUAGAUGCUCAUCAGUUCAUCAAGAUCGAUUAUUUUAUGGACAUUGGUGUUAAGACGUUAAAUUACUUGGACAAAUUAUUCCAAUGGGAUAAUCUUCAAAAAUCGCAAUUUUAUAAAGGUCUUCCACAGCUGUUGAAACAAUUACCACAUAGAGUUGCUCUUCAUAGAGUAUUACCUGCGCUUUAUAAAGAAUUGGUUAAUCCACCUAUGAUACCAUUUGUAUUACCAAGUAUACUGCAGGUAAUGGAAGUUUCUGAGGUAGAGGAGUUUCGAGAACAUAUUCUUCCUAAUUUGAAACCUGUUCUUGCUUUGGAAGAUCCACCACAAAUCAGUUUAGUUCUCAUGCAGCAAAUAAAUUUAUUAUUGAAACUGUGCCCCACGGACGUUAUUAAAAGCGAUAUAGUGCCUCUGUUAUUACGUGCAUUGGAAUCUGAAUGGGAACAGCUCCAAGAACUCUGUUUGUCAGCAUUACCGAACAUAGUGACGAUGAUCGAGGGACCAGUUAUUAAAAACGCUAUACUGCCUCGAAUGAAAAAGAUUUGUUUAUCGCCGGGGAAGAAGACUACUCUCGGAGUACGCGUUAAUUGCUUGUUAUGUGUUGCAAAAAUGUUGCCAAACUUUGAUCGCUGGCUGGUGUUCGAUCAGAUAUUACCGUUCCUACAGGAAGUUCCUCAUUCUGGCGAACCAGCCAUUUUAAUGGCUAUUAUAGGUAUUUACAGAAUGCUACUUACUCAUAGUAAGUUAGGCAUGGGCAAAGAAAUAUUGGCAACAAAAGUACUACCGUUCCUGCUGCCUCUUUGCAUAGAGCAAAAUCUUAGCAUGUCACAGUACGAGACACUUUCGUCUUUGGUCGUCGAUAUGAUAAGUCGAGUAACUAGCGAACAUCGAGAUGCAUUACGACAAUUGGAUGCAGUACGUCGCGAGACACAACAAUUUGAUCAGGCGCUUUCUCAAGUAACGUCGCCCACUUUCAUGCAAAACAAUAGCCUGAGCGACCUUAAUUUGACGCCCGAAGUUCCAGCCACGAACACUAAUCCUAAACCUGUAAAUAUUGAAAAUGGAUUAACCAUGGAGGAUAAGCUCAGAUUAAUUCAGCAACAAGAAGCACAUCAAAGAUUGCAAUCUCAAUCUAUAUUGACUCCUAAAACUGUGUCGCAACCUGCAAAACCACAACCAAAAGAUUUAACCGCCACUUUGCUGAAAAAUAAUCUAGACGAAUUAAAUCUAUCCAUGUCGAGAUCGACUAUGUCGCAGCCGGAUUAUUCUAAAAAUACUAUGUACAAGUAUAAUGACAUUAGUUUAACGCAAUCGCAAUUAUUAACUACGCCUCCGACGCAAAUAUUUUUAACGUCUCCGACGCAAACAAUGUCGAAUAAUGUUUUAACGAAUAGGCCGAUGAAUUGGAAUUCUAAUGGCAUGAACGUACCUAUAAAUUGGAACUCGCAACAAUCCACGUCAAUGUGGAACUCUAUUACUCCUCAGAAUAAUAUGAACUCUACUCUUCAGAAUAAUUUUACAACACAAUCAGAAAUUAGGCCGAACUUUCCCGGAACAUUACAGCCAUUUACGUCGCCAACUAAUACGCAAACCAAUACAAAUGUAUCUAAUUCAUCCGCACAAGAUAUCAUGGAUUUGCUCAGUUAAUCAGUAAUAUAAAUCCAUUUACAAUUAAUAAUGAAAUUAAGAAAAUAGUGACAUUGUUAAAGAAUAA